CGGCAGUAUAUAAGGGAAAUUAAGCGCAAAAACUGUGCAUUUACCGUGUAGCCUCAGAGCGAACAGGUCCCUCCUAUUCUCCACGACUUUACCACAAUGAAGGUCUCAAUCGUAUUACUAAUCGCCCUCUCGGGAAUGGCCAUGGCCGACUACCCCGCCCCGGCGCCUCCUGUGUCCUACGGCCCUCCCCCCGUCCCAGCCCCCGCACCUAGCUACGGACCCCCACCUGCAUCCUACGGACCCCCACCUGCAUCCUACGGACCCCCACCUGCAACAUACGGACCCCCACCCCCAGUGUAUGGCCCUCCUCCAUCCUACGGCAAGGGCAAGGGCGGAAAGGGUGGCAAAGGACAGGGUGGCAAGGGAGGCUUCAACCUCGGAUACCUCUUCAAGGCAAAGGCCGACGCCCUCAAGAGCCUGAAGGACAAGAUCGUGAGUGGCUUCGACGCUGUCAAGGGCUCCAUCCUCGCCUGGAAGGGAGACCUUCUGCGCUCCAAGGGAUACGAGCUGAUUUCCAAGGGCCAGUCUCUUCUCGACUUCGGCGCCGGCCUCAAGAAGCCCAAGGGCAACAAGGGAGGCUACCCCGCGCCAGCCCCCGUCUACGGCCCUCCCCAAGCCACCUACGGAGCUCCUCAGCCCAUUUACCACGCCCCCAAGGCUCCUAAGGCUCCCAAGGCUCCCAAGGCUCCCAUCCACGCCUAUGAGGCUCCCAAGGCUCCCGUCCACUCCUACGAGGCUCCCAUCGUCGGCCACUUCGGUUACCCCAAGCCUGAGGAUAUCAUCAGCGCCCCCUCUCCCGCCUACGGUGCCCCAGCAGUCCCCCUCCCAGCUCCCGUUCCUACUUACAGCGCCCCUGUCCCAGCUCCCGCUCCCACCUACGGCGUCCCUGCAGUGCCAUCGGCCCCCGUCCCCGUCCCGGCACCGGCUCCCACCUACGGAGUCCCCGUCGCCCACGCUCCCGUCCCAGUUGCUCCUUCAUCCAGCUACGGCGCUCCCCCAAAAGGUCACGGACGCUAAACCGCAGACGACAUAGUUAGUGUGCGUGUGUGUGUACUUCACAAGCCAGAAUGGUGCUCACAGCUUGCUGUUCACCCAAGUUUAGUCUAGUUUCUCGUGGUUAGAACGAGAUUCAGCGGCCAAGACUUCUUAUUUUCUUUCAGUUAUUGCCACAAAAUCAGUUCUCGCGAUUCGCAGAUGAAACCGAAGAGCUGAUCUCGCACCUUGUACAUACCCGCCGAAAAGAGUGACGCCCCCAACAGCCCAACCCCCUCCUCAACCCCCACCAAGUCCGGGUUGAGGGAAGCUCGUCCCAGCUGGCCAGCGCCUCUUCUAGGAGCGGCCUCCCCGUGUGAUGCAAAAAGGAAGGCGAGAGGACGCUGCCAGCUGCGAGGCGACCCCCAAAAGAUGAGACGGACUGCCCCAACGGCUCUCAAGUCCUGCUGAAUCCUUUGGGAUCCUCAGAAUGAUAAAGUCGUCGGGUGGAGUUUGUCUCCGACCACUUGGCAUUAGCUGUAUUUUGUUCUUUUUCUUUUUCUUUCUUUUACUUCUUAGUUUUCGGUCUUGUGGUUCGUUAAAGAGGUGGGAAAAAAAACAUAUAGAAGUUUAUAACUGUAUUCUUGUUGUGCCGCACUAAGAAAUGUGUAAAUAUGAUAUUGUUGAAUUUAACUAAUGCUUUUUUCUCAUAUCAACAUUUUUUUUUGACUAUUUAAAUUGAGUAGUUUCAUCAUGAAGAGCUAAAUUACCCAUUGACGAAGCCUUGUCAACGUAUCAAAGUACGUCAAACUGCAGUUCACUGUAAGUUAAAGCUAUAUUCACUUGGCAUUGUUGUAGAGAUAGAUACAGUAUCCCAGUAUUACAUUAUAAGAAUCCACUGUUUUAACAUGCAGUAGCUGGCGACCACAGCAAUACUCAGCUUCAUUACCCAAACAGGCUGUCGUCCCUUUUAAAGAUCAUUACAAUUUUCUUCCCCCUUCUACUUUCUGUAUAAGUACGAUAAGCUACUUCAAUCGGAACACCUUCCUUCUAGUUAGCAAUAGUCGACUAGUAUUUUUUUUAAUUAUUAUUAUUAAUUCAAACUCCCGUUAAGGAUGAUGAGCGCAGCGGGUACAACUUAUUGCUGGUCAAUAGGAGAAUGAGCAGUGAAUGCAGGACGGGUAGUGAGCCAAGGACACUCUUGACCUCGAGAUGGCCACGGCUAACAGUCCAUGGAGAGAGGGAGAGAAAAAAGGAAAAAAGGUUAUGCACGCUUUCCUCUGCUAGGCUAGAUUAUUUUGACAAGCAUUUUUUUUUUUUUUUUUCGGAUGAAUAGGACUACUGUCUAUAGAGUCUGUUUGUGUCAUAGAUUAUACAUUUUAGCAUUCAGAGUUGCAAUACCAAAGAAGUGAAACGGAGAUUAUUUUCUUUUCUCUCUUCCCCUGCAAAUUUAGAAUGAUUUUUUUUUUUUUCGUAACCCCCGUAGUAUCAGCAAGUCUUUACCUUCCACGUUUGUCUGUAGGCUUACUUUUAACAUUAUUUGUUGAUGAAAUGUAUUUUAUAAAAAAUAGGCUAUUAAGAAAAAUAUUAAUCGAUUUGGAACCAGUUACAUUAUAACUGUACUAUCUUGAUUGUGACAUUUUGCUCAUUACCCACUCUGAAAAAAACAUUUAGUAUUUCCCUUUACAUUUUAAGUAUGCCUGCGGGUACGCCUCGACUCUCCAUAGAUUGUCUUGUAGAAAAAAGUACCUAUUUCAGUCUAAACCAAUUAAUACUGAUUGCUUGUCCACAUGAACAAAGCUUCAUGUGAACAAGUUAUCAUUUCUGUUCUAUUUUCAUUUCAAUACAACUCUUUUUUUUAUCCUAUUUAAGUUCACAACAUGUCUGACCAAUUCAUUUAUAAUAUACCUGUACAUACAUAUACAUAUAUUGUUCCAAUGCAGAGACUGAAAUGCUACUUGAAAUAUAUUCCUAUUUUUUAUACCACAUAGAUCUUUAUAGAGUUUAUUUGUAAAUUUCCCCCUUUGUAAUUUUGGUCUAUCAUAUGCACUUGUAAAAAAAAAAAUGUUUAGGCAUCUUUACUCUCCCAGGAACAAUGUAUUAGAAUUUUAUUAAACAGACAGAAACAUAGAAGCUCUACAGGAGAGGGCUAAUGUCAACUAUAUCCACGUAAGCCAUGUUCAAAAUAAAGAUAAGUCAUACUGAUA